AUGGGUGGAGGACCUACCGGCCUCGCAGCUGCCAUCCGCCCAGCUCGACAUAAUAAGCUGAGUCCAGUCAUCUACGAGCUGCGAAACCCAGAAACAGCAGGUAUCGGCGGCUCUCUGGGCAUUCCUGCGGAUGGCGUGCGUGUCCUACACCGACUUGACCUCUGGGACAUGAUCCUCCCGCGCAGCAUCUCAGUCGAGUGCCUGCGGGCCGGCACUCAAAAAUACCAGAUCCCGAUCCACUACGACAAAAAGAUCACUUCUAUCGACCAUCGCGGGGACUCCGUUACAGUGCAAUUUUCCGACGGCACCAGUGACACGGCGUCCCUUCUACUAGGCUGCGAUGGGAUCCAUUCUGCAGUACGCAAGAUGCACGUCGAUCCAGGGGUUACCCCCGUGUGUUCGGGAAUCUCGGCAAUAUCGUCGAUUGUGGACGAUGUGAUAGAUCAAGAUCCCAUGGAAACAGACUGCCUCCAUUCCACAAUCACCCCGCAUGGAAUGCUGGCCACCGCGCCUUGCGCCGCCAAGCAAAUCUUCUGGUUCUUCAGCAAAGAGGUACCUCUGCCGAAAGGGACCUCCUCGGCCGACGUCCGUGAUGGCUGGUUGCUUCACCGCCAGAAAGAAUUGGCACACUGUCGUACUCGUGGACGCCAGCCGGGAUGUGCAUUUCUACCCGCAUUAUCGCCUACCCUGAGGGGGUCGGUGGUUUUGCCAUCGGGUACUCCACAGGGAUCGCCCCGGGUGCUGCUGGUCGGGAACGCAGCGCAUGCCAUUCAACCUCACGCCGGACAGAGCGUCGCUUUAGCGUUGGAGAAUGUAUUGUUGCUGUCGGGAUUGCUGGCCCAGUAUCAAGGCGGUGACUAUACAAACCUCGAGGAGGUUUUUACCCGCUUCGAUCGGCUCCGUCGCCCGCUCAUCCAGCGCAUUGAUGAGGUUGCAUUGCGCAAUGGCAGGAUGCGUCGUAAUCAAUCACCAGGGACUGUGUGGUGCAAGGAGUGGUACAUGUGGAUUAUGCUUCAUGUAAAUUGUUUCUGGGGCAUGUCUAUGUCUGGAGUUUUGAAUGGGGAUGUUCUGUAUGACGUGGAGGAGGAGUUGAAGCAACCAUACCAAGAGGGCUAG